CACCCGUCCUCCGCCAUGGACUGCUGCAACGAGGGAGCCUGCACGAAGCUGGACGAGGACAUCCUGGACAUCCCCUUGGACGAUCCCGACGCCAACGCGGCGGCCGCCAAGAUCCAGGCUAGUUUCCGCGGCCAUAUGACCCGCAAGAAGAUCAAAGGGGGGGAGAUCGACCGGAAAACCAAGGACGCCGAGUGCGCCAACAGCAGCCGCGGCGGCGACCUCCGCAACGGCGACUAG